UGGCUGAAGGAAAACGCUUUUGGGGGCUGUGUUUUUCAGGAGUCUGGAAGAAGUUAAAGCUUCUCAGCCUUGUACAAGAACUUGAACUCCUCAUGUGACAUUUUUGUUAACAUUUUAAAUAAAGGUUAUCGUGUCUGUAAUGUUGUGUGUGAGUGCAUGUAUGAAGCACGACAUUAUUAGGGGACGGAACAGGGGGCAGGCAGAGGAACACGCACAACUCAGCAGCUCGCAAGUUAGCGGCUAACCACGUAGCUAACUAGCGCUAAGUACUUCCCAAGCAGGCAGGCAGGCGGGCGGGCGGUGCUACCUGUUCGGUCUCUACACCGCGUUCAGUAACGGGGUUGACGGAAAGAACUGUAGUGUAUGUGCCCUGUGAGUGUAACAUUUCUCAUCAAUGGCUGCCUGUGGCUCCACCAGCAAUGUGCCUGAAGGAUUUCACUAUGAGACCAAAUACGUCCUCCUGUGCUACCUCGGCCUGCCUCCACGACCACCUGCCAGGUCUGUGGAAUGUGAGGAAGGAGCAUCUGGGCAUGCAGCACAAGAAAAAGCUGUGGAACAGACCAGCAGGAUGAAGGAGCAGAUAGAGGAACAUCUAAAGCAACUAGAAGAAGAAAUCACUGCCUCUUUUCCAAGUACAGGCUUUGAUCGGCACACCUCCCCAGUGUUCAGUCCAGCUAAUCCCGAGAGCACUAUAGAGGACACCCUGGCCAUGCUGGGGGACCGGGUCGCACAAGUACUGGAUACACAUCUGACCUUGGCCACACAGACAAUUCUCAGUGGGCAGCUGGAUUACGAGGAUUUCCAAAGUGCAGUGAAGGAGGUUUCCUCCCAUUCUGAAGGAGGCUGGAGCAAGGUUUUGGUACCUUUAGUGUUAAUGCAGAAGCUGCAUUGUAAGGGUCAACCGCUGCCAAAACUACUUUCCAUGGGUGAGCGUUACUUAGUUGAGGAAGAGGCAGACUUCAUCAUCCAGCAGGGAGGAUGGAGUGCAGUGUUUAGCCUGGAGGAUGUGGAGGAACCAGGUGCACUCAUAGCGGAAGACAGUAACGAUAUCUACAUCUUGUCAGGGGAACACAGCCGCGAGCAAUUGAGCCCCACCGAGUCACUGCUCAUCAGUGUGGCAGACAGCAGCGGCUUGAGCUCCUGGCACACAGAGAGUUUGCCCGUAUCAAUGAGCGGCCACGAAUCCUGGGCUCAGGUCGGCACCAUGGAGCCAGAGGAUGAAAGAAGCAUGGACACUGGUGAGGGUGUCGCUGAGGAGCGCAGUGAGAACAACUCGUCCAACUCGGACAUUGUGCAUGUAGAGCGUGAGGAGGCUGAGUUUCUGGAGGAGGGAGAAGCUGUAGAAGAGGGAGAGCUGCAGGAGAGCGUGCUCAGUGUCCUAGGCACUGAAAGCGAGCUGCAGGCCCUUAGAGAUGAGCUUAGAAGAGAAGCACCAGAGUCACUGAUGUCCCUAGAGGAGCAGAUUGUCUUUCUGGACUCUCCUCCUAGCCUGGUUGCUGCUGUUUCACCAGUUGAUGUAGAGUCAAAGUUUAUUACCCUUUCAAGCCCUGCUGUCAUUGCUGAUAUUAAUGUCCAGCAGGACUCCCUGUCUUCUUCAUCCGUUGCAGUCAUUGCUGAUGCUCCAGUUGGUGUGGAAGUGAAAAGUUCUCUUCAUCCUUCCCUCCCUAUUGCUGUUAUACCCCAAGUGCUUUAUCCUGAACCUGAGCCUCAGUCAGCUCAGCCAGAGCCUGUUCUAGCUCCUAUGGAGCCACAGAUGCCAGUUCAAGCUCCAGAAGCUAAAGCUGAGCCACAUUCUAAAGCUGUCCAAGCAGCUCCAGAGCAUGAGAUGCUGCCACAAGUAAAAGCUGUACAAGCCAUUUCAGUCCAGCAGCAACCUUUUUUCCUCCCAGCUCCAGCACAGAAUAUACCAUCACUGAAGCCACAGAUUGUUCAGGGGUCAUCAGCUCCAUCCCAGGUUCCUCCUGUUUUAUCUCCUGCUGCAGCUCCAGAACAGGAAAUAGUGCAACAGGAUGUACAGCAUGUACACACAGUACCUAUUCCAGCUCAGGGGUCACCUGCAGCAGAGCCUGUGUCUUCUGAGCUUACAGUUCUUCUGUAUGGUGGUGCUGCACUAGUAGCCAUUGCUGCUUUAGUGGCCUAUGGAGCUCUGGCUUUGAGGAAGAAGUAUUAAGUAGAGAUUAAUUAAUGACCCCACCACAUCGGUGAGCCUUUUCAGGAACCGAGGCCACUGUGCUGCCAAACUUUUUUGGAAAUUUCAGUUCUGUUCACAUGUUCUCAAGUUUCGUUGAUUCUCUAGGUUUAUUUUGUAUUUCCUAUUAUUCUGAUACAGGGAACUACUACUGAUCCUUUCUGAGGCAAAUGCAUUGUCAUUUUGGUGUUGUGUUCUUUUCACAUUCUCCUAUAAAGCUCUCAUUCGCUCCUUACGUUGUCUUAGGUUUUAAAUUCUGAAAGGCUGGGGGUUUGGAUUUUUAGAAGCAGGUAACUUCAAGAUUUGGAGAUAUGAUUUGCCAAAUAAUAAAAAAAAAGGGCACAUUCAAUGAUGCCCAGUAUUUUGUCUGAUUUAAUUUAUUUGAAAUAUUUAGACCUAGUUUUAAGAAAAUCACUUAUGUUUAAGUCCUUGACUUAAGUUCAUAUACAGCAUGUACAUAAUUUACAACAAAUUUAUACAUGCAAUCUACUGUCUUGUCUAAAUGACAGAUGAAUUGGGAGCAACAUUGCUGUUGUUGAGCAAUUGAAUUUCCCUUGUAAACAAAAGGAACAGCAUGUCCAGGACAAAGCAUACACUGGGAAUACCCCUUAUUCAUUUUCCUUAUAGUAUUUCAGUUUUUUUUUUAGUUACCAUGAUUAAAGUCUGUUAAAAUUAAAACAAAUAAAGUUUGGUUUUUAAAUUCUGA